GGAAACAAGUAUGGGGUUGUUGUUAUAUUCAUCGUUUUAGUUGAUGCGGGGGGAAAAAUAAUCCCAUGCCAUAGCAGAGUUGUUAAAUUAUUGGUUUGAAUUGCUUGUCAUAUCCUACUUCAAACAAAUGUCAUGUCACUGAGUAACACAAUGGAUGUUAUUGAGACGGUUGUAACAGAGAGUAUUGAAGGAGAUGAAACUCCAACGGCGUCCAGCUUGGAUCCAGAUAAAUCGAAAGCAGAGUUUGUAUGGACUUUACAAGCCACAUGGCAACUUGUCCAAACCCGCCUCGAAAUGGACCAGGAUUUUGACCAGCCAGUGUGCAAGAAAAAGAAACUGUGGGAGACAGUGGCUGAGAGAGUGACUGCCAAGCUAAGAGCAGCUGGGAGCACAGAUGUCACAGUCAAAGCCUAUGAGUGUGAUCUGAAGUGGCGUAACAUGUUGGCCACAUACAGGAAAAAUGCUGAGAGGUCCAAGAGACUGGGGGCCCAGAGUGUCCACUGGGAGUUCUUCAAGGCCAUGCAUGUGGUCCUGGGGAAGAGUCGAGAGGAGAUCGAGGCACAGCGCAGGUCCAAACUCAAUGGGACCAAGCUGGGCAAGGCUAUUGCCAGCAAGCGGUUUACCCCCAUCCUUCCGACACCCUCCCUGACAGCUGCCCCCUUUGCUUCCAGGCCCCCCCAGGAUGUUCUGCAGCUGUACAUGGAGCUGCAGGAGAGGAAGAUGAACAUGUGGGCCCAGCAGAAGGCCCUGGAGGAGAGGAAGAUAGAGGCCAUCAAUAAUCUAGCCCGUGCAAUCUCCAGUUUGUCUCACAGUCAAAACAACAGUUUCAGCUGCCAGAGUAGCAGUACAGCACACCCGAGCAAAGGAGUUCUCAUGGAACUAAAAACUUUUGGAUUUUGUGUGAUAUAUAGAAGCUUGUGCAUAGAAUGAAAGACUGCAUCAUGCAAAUGUUUCUUAAGCAUUCAACCAUUCAGCUACUUUGUGUUGUCAUUGUAUAUGUUUUUAUUAUGCUAUAAUAACACCAUUUGACAAAGGAGUUCACUGCAGGAAUUCCCUGUAAUACCUGUGAAUGAGAAGGAGGCUACACGGGGCAUAUUGUACAUAGAUCUGCCAUAGGAUACAAAUAAUCCUACAUAUGUAUAAAAUACAAGAUAUUGCUGUGAUACUCUUCCUUUUUAACAGAAUUUAUAUUGUAUAUUUUAUCUCAAUACAAACACAAAAAUUAUAAAUCACUUUAUGUACUUUCAGAAUCCAACUCUUUGUACAGCAAAUCUGCGAUGGCUUCCCUUCUCCUCACACCCUCCUCAUCACACUCCCCCUCUCCCUCCUGUGUCCCUGCCUCCCUCUCAACCUGUCCGUUGACCACUUUCCCCAUGUCCAGAAAUACAUUGUGGAGUAUGCAAGCAGUAUGGACAACUCCCCAUGUCCAAAUACCUGAGCCUUUCAAAUCUGGCUUUCAGGUCAGCCACAGCCUGGUCCAGGAGGUAAAAAUGGGCUUCCAGGGACCUAAUUGUAAAGAUUUCCCCUGAGGCUACGACCCACUACGUACGGGGUCAAUAUCUGGGCAGAGGCUGGAUAUCCAACUCGAGCCACUAGGCAGGUCCCUGGGGGCAUCAUCUCAGGGAGCUGUUUGAGUUUGUCCCUCAGAACACUGGCUCUAUCCAGGUCUGAUCCCUUGCUGAUUCUGCAGUGUAUCAACCUGCCUGUAUGGUUACACACCAGCUCCAGGUUCAGCCAGGAGUCGGGAUGGGCCUCCUUCAUCCUCUUUACCUCUGGCAUCAUGCUCUCCACAUCCUGUUUGCCAAUGGGCAGGCGGAUGGGGAUGCGGGUGUGCCCCAAGACUCCCAGGACUCUGGGGACGCCCUUCUCUUCCAAGCCCUUUGCUUUCCCCAGCAGGCUGGAGAGGGGGGUUCAACAGCCUCAAUGCCUGGAGGAGAGAAGGACCAGAAACAAACAUGGGUGAUGGAAUAAAUAGUGUGUCAAUUGUUUGAAGGUGAACAUUUCAGGAUAUUGUAAUUCAGUGAUAUUCUACGUUGGUGGGGGGACUGCAGUGAGGUCGCCCCCCCAAAAAAAUUGUAUAGGACAAUAUACAAACGUUUUUGUGAAAGAUAAUUGGAAAACAUUUGAAUAAAUGUAUUGAUGCCUUUUCA